AUAUCAUAUUAAUGAAAGGGACUUUUAUUAUUUCAGUAUUGGCAGUGUUGCACAUGGCCAUUGCCACUGCUAGCAGUGAUGCGUUUGGUAACAUCCGCCUCACGCCUAGGCUUAGAGCUGCGUGUGUGCCGGUCAAGGCCAAUGGCAAAAAUGCUUUUGUGGAGGUGCUCUCCAAGGGGUUGGAAUCAGACAUCAAUGUUCCUACACUUAUUUUCCACAUCAAGGAUCUCGAGAACUUCCUGAGCCUUCCUCUUCCAGACACGAUUGCAGCUGCCCCCGCCGGAAGCGUGGCACUGGACGGGAAGUUUGAUGUAUCUGGUUCUGUUGGAGAAGAUAAGUAUCUCAAUUCCUAUUUGGUUGGAGACUCCAAGGACGAGCAUUUCAAGCUCCACUUUGAUGUGACAGACUCAGGAUUGUACUGUGUAUAUGUCGAUCCGGCUGCCGACGUUGUGUCAUACGAUUUACCCAUCAUUGUCCGGAAUUCCUACGGAUACUUGAAUUUCUACGAGUACAUUGAAGUCUCUGAAAGCCGGUGGGGGUUGUUACUUUACAUUGCUGUGACGGCAUGGUUGCUUAGAGACUUGAUCAGAAGCGUGGGCAAGGACUUUCUGAACUUGAACAACAUUUCUGUGGUUUCAAAGUCGGCAGUUUUCUUAAUCUUAAUGCCGUAUAUUGGGAUUAUGAUCAUGACCCUAGCCUCUGACUUUAUCCUCAACUGUGUGGCCGAGAAGGGUUUCCUCAGUGUGUUCUUUCGGCUGGGGAUUUCCAUCUUUUCUUCCCUUUAUCAAGUUUGUAUUCUGAUUAUGCUUUUAUUGUUCUGCAUGGGGUAUGGGGUGGUGUUUUACCACCGGCAAACAAAGUCGUACAGACAACUUCCUGCUCCAAAGAUGAGAAUGGCCAAGAUCUUGGGUGGUAUACAAUUGGCGUUGGUUUGUGUCAACGGCAUGUUUAUGGUGUUUGCGUCGAACCCGAGCCUGGACUUGGCUGCAGGCCUGGCUAAUUCUUUUCCCGUCGUGGAAGGUGCUUUAGUGCUUUUCCAAUUUAUCUUGUAUACCACAAGUAUUAUCCAGGGUGUCAAGACUUUAAGAAAUAUCAAGGAAUUCCCUCCUUAUGGUUCCAGUGUCGAGGACUACGGUGAAAAGAAUGAAGGUAUCAGAGUGGCAUUCAAAAGAUCUCUUUGCUUAAUUUUCUUAGUGCCAAUGUUGUUUGGUGUUGGUGCUGGCAUCAUUGCGGGCGUUUCCGGUGGAGCCAAUUUCAUUCAAGACUUUGGUCCAAACGUCGAUCCUGCGUUGGUUUCAUACUUGACGCUCGAUAUGUUGAUCAAAGAUAGUACUUUCUUAUAUUUCCAGACGUGGAACAUGAUUGUCACUACCUUAGUAGUGAUUAUCGGGGUGUUCUUCAUCUGGAUCAAGGGCAACCAGGGGUUGGUAGUUGAUGACAAGGAGUAUUUUGAGGCUCCAGCGUACGGUGACUCCGACCCCGAAAGUGUAUAGGUGUUCUGGAAACUAAAUAGUUAUCGAUCAGAUAUUUUUUGCAACUUGUGGGGGAGUAAUUGAGUACGCAUUUU